GACAGUUUUCAGGGUGUGAGACCACCUCUCCUCCAGCAUGGUGUGUCUGUGGCUCCCCAGAGGCCCCUGGGUGGCAGCUGUGAUCCUGACACUGAUGGUGAUGAGCUCUUCCGUGGCUUUGGUCAGGGACCCCCGACCUCGUUUCUUGCAACAAGUUAAAAGCGAAUGCCAUUACUCCAAUGGGAUGGAGCAUGUGCGGUACUUGCAGCGACACAAUUAUAACCAGGAGGAACACCUGCGAUAUGACAGUGAAGUGGGCAAGUACCAAGCAGUGACCGAGCUGGGACAGAUCCAGGCAGAGUACUGGAACAGCCAGAAGGGUUUCCUGGAGCAGAAGCGGGCCAAGGUGCAUACGUUCUGCAGAUUCAACUACGCCAUUGUGGAGAUUCUAACAGUGCAGCAGAGAGAUUAAAGAUGUGCACCACCAUUGCCAAGACCUUUGAACUUGUGAAGUCUUAGUAGCAAUAACAUAGAUGGAAGGAAAUGUGCGAAAUCUUGUUUUCACUUCAGAUCCCUUCCUUAGACCGUCACCACGCGCAUUGGCACACCUCAGAUCCCUUGCACACCUCAGAUCCCUUCCUUAGACCGUCACCACGCGCAGUGG